CCUGCGUCUCCCUCGGGCUGCGGCGGCGGCGAGCGGAGCCCGCGGAGGCUCGGGGCGGGCGCCGCAAUGUCUCAGGCUGUACAGACUAACGGAACUCAACCUUUAAGCAAAACAUGGGAACUAAGUUUAUAUGAAUUGCAGCGAACACCUCAGGAAGCAAUAACAGAUGGCUUGGAAAUUGUGGUGUCACCUCGAAGUCUACAUAGUGAAUUAAUGUGCCCAAUCUGUUUGGAUAUGUUGAAGAAUACUAUGACCACAAAAGAGUGUUUACAUCGCUUCUGUGCAGAUUGUAUCAUCACAGCCCUCAGAAGUGGGAACAAAGAAUGUCCUACAUGUCGGAAAAAGUUGGUUUCCAAAAGAUCUCUAAGGCCAGAUCCAAACUUUGAUGCUCUCAUCAGUAAAAUUUAUCCAAGUCGUGAUGAAUAUGAAGCUCAUCAAGAGAGAGUGUUAGCAAGGAUCAGCAAACACAAUAAUCAACAAGCUCUCAGUCACAGUAUUGAAGAGGGACUGAAAAUACAGGCUAUGAACAGGCUACAGAGAGGCAAGAAACAACAGAUUGAAAAUGGCAGCGGAGCAGAAGAUAAUGGGGACAGUUCACACUGCAGCAAUGCGUCCACUCACAGCAAUCAAGAAGCUGGGCCUAGUAACAAAAGGACCAAAACGUCAGACGAUUCUGGGUUAGAACUGGACAACAACAACGCCGCGGUGGCCAUAGACCCUGUCCUGGACGGCUCUAGUGAAAUUGAGUUGGUUUUCAGGCCUCACCCCACGCUGAUGGAGAAGGAUGAUAGCGCCCAGACGAGAUACAUAAAGACUUCUGGCAAUGCCACGGUUGAUCACUUGUCCAAGUACCUCGCUGUGAGAUUAGCUUUAGAAGAACUCCGGAGCAAGGGAGAAUCAAACCAGAUGAACCUAGAUACAGCCAGUGAGAAGCAGUACACGAUUUACAUUGCUACAGCUAAUGGACAGUUCACUGUACUAAAUGGUUCUUUUUCCUUGGAAUUGGUCAGUGAGAAGUACUGGAAAGUGAACAAACCCAUGGAACUUUACUACGCACCAACAAAGGAGCACAAAUAAGCUUUGGAAAGAUGGCUUUGAAAAUAAACUUUUUUUUAUAGCUCUGAUUUCUUUAAUAUUAAAGAUGCACCAUCAUUGUUUUCAUGGACAUAAUCUUGGAUUUGCGUUCAGUUUCCUUGCUGAGCCAGACUUGUUUACACUAUUAGAAUUCGUGUUUUGUUUGUUUUUUAUUUAAACUUUUCUUUUUCAAAGGGACUGAAUGAAGCUAUCCAGUGCAUUCUUUUGAAAUUAUUAUCUAACUUCUGUGUCUUUUCACUGAUGAAGCAGUGGAUCCAUUUGAGGCUCUCAUCUGGCAAAGGAAGGUUUAGUGGGCCUUCAUACUUAAUGGCAACCUUUACUUAAGUUUUUUUCCUCUCAAAAGUUUCUUAAAAGUAAAGAAUGUUAAAGUUGGUUUAUGGUGGUAUUUUUGCUAGCUAAGGCUAAGGGUAUAAUUGUGGAUUAAGCAUGAUUAGGCUUUUUUUUUUUUUUUUGAGGAGCAUAAAUAUUUAGUAUAUAAUCUCCUUCCUUAAGAUCUAAUUUAUUUAAUACAGUCCUAAGUGAAAUAGGUUUUCUAUUUCAUCUGAAGGUUAGGACUUAAUAAGUAUGCUUAAAUUUUUGUUUCAUGGGUUUCUCUUCAUUAUUUAAAACCUUGUUGCUAGCAUUUUUGUUUAAAAAUUGAUGUUCCUUAUUUUAGUGUCAAGCAGUGUCAUUUUAUUCACUUUUCUUCCUGUUCCAGCCUUAGAAUUCUUGCUCUAGUUAGUGAAUUACACAACUCAACAUUAUAAAGAGACACUGGUAUAAUAUUUGCAAAUCUUACUAGGCGUGGGAGUUAAAGUAGCCCUAAAUAGGUAGUUCUCAUAUAUAAAACUUAAGGGAUCACUUUUUUGAUCAUAACUGAAACAUCUUUUGUAGUCCCUUGUGACAGUCAUUUUUUUAUAGUAUUUGAUAACCCUCUUGUAAUACCAGAGAUUCUGGGAUAUACUUACUUGCACUUUAACCUUGAUUAAAAAAAUAAAUACUGUACUAUUUCAAUAAGAUGCCCUUCUUUUUUGUGGCUUUAAGUUUUGAGAACCACAUGACACUGACAGAAGGAAAACAAGGAUAUACUUUUUUGUAUGAAAAAGUUGUAUUAUUUUGUUUUCUAACUUUACCCCAGUGGUUGUUUUUUGGGUUUGGGUUUUUUGGUUAUUGUUGUUUUUUUUUUUUUGUUUUGUUUUGUUUUGUUUUGGUUGCUAGAGAAUAAUUUUUAACUCCUGUUGAGCCACAGAAAAGUAAGUUAAACCCACCCAGAACUUGAGCCCUGCUCUGCUAGAGUGCAGGAUGCUUUGCUAAAGGAAUAGUAGCACCACCUAAGAUGAAGCUGCACUUUGCUUAAUUUGGUGCUACUAUAACAUGAGGUACAGUGUUAGGUGUUUGGGGUGACAAGGCUUUGUACUGGUGGUCAAAAAUAAGAAGAUUCACAUGUUAUUUCUUAUUCCUGUCACACAUCCAGUUAUGUUUCUGAGUUUUUAGUGUUACAGUAUUUACAGAAUGUUAACAUUGACAAACCAAACUCUGUAAUGUUUUGAGAGGAAGAAAGGAAUCCUCUAUUUCCCUUGUAAUUAAAGCCUAAUACUUGUAAAUAUUGAGCCGUCUGUUUUGACAGUGGGGUCGGUUUUAAGUGCUUCAGCCCUACAUGAAAACUCAAUAGUUUUAUUAAAUAUUUUUUUUACCCUUUUUUUUUUCUAAUAUUUAAAACCUAUUUUUACAGUUUUUUGGUUUUUGUUUUUUUGGGGUUUUUUUGUAAUGUGCCAUGAAAUUGAGAGCCGCCAAAAUUAAGAGAAAUUUUGUAUUCAGUACUUUUUUUGGUGUAAUGUUCAGUUGUAUAUUAAUGCAUGUCCACUGACUAUAACCUGGGUUUUGUGAUAUAAAUACUUGGGUUUUGUUGGAAAAGUACUAGAUUAGUAGUUGCAUCAAAUAACUAAAUUCCCAUUGUGUGAUUUUUAAUAGAACUUUAGUCUUGAAGCAAAAGAGAUAUUUGUGAAUUUAAGCUGUGUUUAUGUUUAGAGAAUGUAUGUGUGUUCAUAUGUCAGUGUGGGAGAAUGUAAUCUCUUUACAUCAUUAGUGAAUUUAUUGACUGUUGUCCUUUACAAAAUAUAAUGUAAGCAUUUGAUAAA